GCCGCUGACCCCCAGGGCACCAUGGACUGGCUGACCCAGCGCUGCCCGCCGCUUGCUGCCCAGAGCUGCCUUCGCCCCGGCUGCCUCUCCUGGCUCCUGGUGGUGAUGGCCUUCAUCCUGUCAUACCCUAUGCUGAGGACCAUCAGCCUCGAACUCCACUCAGUGGUUACUGGCAGUUACCUCUCUGGGACUCACUCGGUUGCCUUUGUCAACUGCCCCAAUGAGCAGAUCGCCAAAGACAUAGCAAGGACCAUCCUAGAUAAGAAGCUGGCUGCCUGUGUGAAUAUCCUGCCGAGGGCCUCCUCUCUGUACUUUUGGAAGGGAGAGAUUGAAGAAGCCACUGAAAUCCUUUUGUUAGUGAAAACGAAGACUUCAAAAAUACACGAACUCUCUAACUACAUCAGAUCAAUUCAUCCUUUUGAGAUUCCUGAGCUCUUCAGCCUACCCAUCGACCAAGGAAACCCUCUUUAUUUAAAGUGGAUUGAAGAAGGGGUAGCUGAGAACUGAGCAGAGGCACACUCUACUUUCUGGUGCGAAGAUGUAGAGAGCUUGGCAGGAGAGACAGUUGCUGUCCCUUGGAUUGCAAUACAUUUAGAAGAUAAUUAACUUAUGGAUUCUGAUGCUUAUGUUAGCUCUUUGCCUAUUCCAGGUAAUGAGCAGAAGAGGUUAAACAUAUUGAAUGGGAAAGAAGAUAACUAUGUACUUCGACCCCUCCUCUACCCUCAUGAUGAGAGUUUAAUUCUUUAAGGAGAUGGUUGUGAGCGUUCCACUCUGCCUCUCUUGCCUAUCACCCACUACCACAUAGACUUCUAGAUGUACCACCAGCCCAUAGAAUGUCUCCUUUUCACAGAAUGGAGCCCUUAGUAAAAAAUGAGAACUAGGCUGAA